AUGCUGAGUCCUAAGAUAAAACUGUCCCGGCGGGCCCGGUCCAAGAGUCUGGUGAUGGGAGAGCAUCACGGCCUUCCCUUCCGGCCUGGCCCACUCUGCCCUCCAGAGCGGGUGCUGAAAUGUGGCUGGUUGAAGAAGCAAAGAAGCCUCAUGAAGAACUGGCAACAGCGCUGGUUCGUGCUCCGAGGAGACCAGCUCCUCUACUACAAGGAUGAGGACGAGGCCAAGCCACAGGGGUUCAUCUUGUUGCGAGGCAGCCAGGUGCGAGAAGUCCCCCCGAAUCCGGAGGAUCCAGGGAAGUACCUCUUUGAAAUUGGCCCAGGUGGUGCAGAGGAGCAUGAUAAGAUGCCCAUCAACCAUGAAGCCUUCCUGCUCAUGGCUAACUCCCAGAACGAAAUGGAAGACUGGGUCAGAGCCAUCCGGCGGGUUAUUUGGGCACCCGUCUGUAGAGGCAUCUUUGGUCAACGCUUGGAAGACACCAUCCAGUAUGAAAAGAAGUACGGGCAGCACCUGGCUCCGCUCCUGGUGGAGCAAUGUGCAGAUUUUAUCCGGGAGCACGGCCUCUCGGAGGAAGGGCUAUUCCGUAUGCCUGGGCAAGCCAAUCUGGUUAAAGACCUGCAGGAGUCCUUUGACUGUGGGGAGAAGCCUCCUUUGGACAGGAAUACUGAUGUCCACACAGUUGCAUCUGUUCUUAAGCUGUACCUCCGGGAGCUUCCAGAGCCUGUCAUUCCUUUUGCCAGAUAUGAAGAUUUCCUGUCCUGUGGGCAGCUGCUCUCCAAAGACAGAGGAGAGGGUACCCUGGAACUGGCCCGGCAGGUGAAAAAUCUUCCUCAGGCCAACUACAACCUUCUCAAGUACAUCUGCAAAUUUCUUUAUGAAGUGCAGACUCACUCCAGCUUUAACAAGAUGAGUGUCCAGAACCUGGCUACCGUGUUUGGUCCCAAUAUCCUCCGCCCCCCGAAAGAAGACCCAGUCACUAUAAUGGAAGGCACUUCCCACAUUCAGCACCUGAUGACUGCCUUGAUAGGUGAGCAUCGACAGAUCUUCGGUGCCUCUUCGGCAGUUCUGGCUGACAGCCCCGCCUCGGACUGGAUCUCGAAGGAGGGCAAAGGUGGGAGCCAGUGGGGAAAUACCCUUUCCGGCCUGGUUUGCUUGCCUUCGGUGGGCGCCCCUUCCCCGCUCAAGGCCCCGACCCUGGGCAAUCAGCCUGCCGUGAGUCCUGGCAUGCGAGAACAGACUUCACCCACCGGGAAACACUCCUGUUGCCAACCAGGAACCAAGUCGCUCGGUCCCAAAGAGGACAGCUCUUCUAUGGACGUCCCCAGUUUACCUUCUGGUGGGAACGGGCUUCGGAACGGAUUGUCUUCUCUUCAGAGCCAACUAAGAGCCCCCUCGCGAGGGCCGGCUAGAGACUCCAGUUCCUCACACAGACUCUCCAUCUAUGACAACGUCCCCGCCACCAGCCUCUCCGGCAGCAUGCAGGGCAGCGCCGGCACCUCCUGGGGAGGCUCUCUGGCCGGUGAAUCUGCCAGCAGCUGUGCCGCCUGCAGGGCGAGCGACUCCUCGGCUCUAAGCUCCCUGCAGACCGAGUGGGCUGCGCGGGGCUCCUCCCUGCACAGUGCCGGCUACCUGGAGAACAGCACCGAGCGCUCAGACACGUGCUUCAGCGGCAGCAGCGAACGCCAGAGCAUGGUAGCUGCUUCCAGGGACUCAGUCGCCUGCUCAGGAGCCCUGCAGAACCUGGUGGUGGAACUGAAGGCAGAGCUGAGCAAGCAGAGCAUUGACUACGAGGCCAGCCUCCGAAGGGUUGAAGAAACCAGCGCAGAAUUGAAGAAACUGGUAGCGAAGCUGGAAGAAGAGCUGGACCGAGAGAAGAAGAAAUAUCGGAUGCUGGAGAUCAAACUCAGGAACUCCGAACGGGCUUGUGAAGACGCGAACAAGAGAAACCGACUCCUGCAGAAAGAGAUGGAAGACUUCUUUGCGACUUUAGGGAAUUUAACGGCAGAAAGGCCAGCAGACGGAGCACCAAAUUAA